UCGAGAAAUUUUUGGUUCUACUGACCGCAUAAUAUUCUUCAACUAGGGUUUGUUUAUUUAUUUCUUAAUCUAAUCUAAAUCUCUUGCAGCUUUUGCAUUUCGGUAAAAACAUCUCUUACGCAUGUCUCUGGUUCUCAACCAGCCCUUGAAGCUACUAUGCUUUCGGAGGAAACCUGUACUGGUAAGAUCCUCUCUGAUGCAAACCCCUCCUUGUUCAAUCGUCGGCGUUCAACCUUGUGGAGCUGAUCAUCUCGGGAGACUCGAUGUUAUGAUGAUGUCUCGACGCACUUGCUUGGAAAAGAAGGUGCCUCUAGAGUUGGUGCACAGUGAUCCCAUGGUAACGAUCGGGUCAUCCCAUGGUUGGGUAGCUACUUUGAAGGACGACGGUAUAUUGCGUCUCCAAGAUGAUUUAAACCCGGCUGCAUCGGAUAUGAACCCUAAACGCAUUCCCUUGCCUCCUCUUGUAACUCUGCCCCAUUGCCAAACUCAAAUCGUCACCAAUGUGUCAAUGUCUUCAUCUUCUCCCGAGGAUGAGGACUGUGUCGUGGCUGUCAAGUUCUUAGGACCUCAGCUCAGCUUUUGCAGACCGGCUCAACGUAAACCCGAGUGGAUCAACGUCAGAAUCGCAAACCCCUGUUUCUACUCCUCCCGUGUCAUGUAUUCGGAGAAAGAUGACAUGUUUCGCAUUCCCGGAUCUGGAGGCCAUCUCAUUGGAUCAUGGGAUCUCGGUACACACAUGCACACACCCAAGAUUCAGAAGCUGCGAUUUAAAAAGUUUCCCAAUCUUGCAAAGACCACACGGAAGCUUCUGGAUUCUUGCUGUACAAGCGAGCACUUGGUGGAAUCACGAUCCACUGGUGGUGAAAUGUUCUUGGUUAAGUGGUACAAGAGAACCUCUGAGAUCGUCAAUGGUGUUGCGAAAAUGGGAACCGAAGCUUUAAUGGUGUUCAAGCUUGACGAACAAGGAAACGCGGUUUACACCCAAGACAUUGGAGAUCUCUGCAUGUACCUCUCAAAAUCUGAACCUUUUUGUGUCCCUGCUAGUUCCUUUCCAGGUCUCCCCUCUAACCAGGUUAUAAUCUAUGAUUUCGACGAAGCAGGAUUUUUCUUUCUGGAUAAUUUACGCUUCAUUGGUGGUAAUUCUACAUUUAGGGCUCCUUUCCAUAUUCCACCUCCAAAUAUGAACAACUAGCACGUUACAUAGUUUGGAAUUUUCUUUCUUGUUUCAAUUAUUCAAAGAUCAGAUUAAUAUGUUUUUUUUUAAUAAUAAAUUCUUUGUGAGAUUGAUAUGCAUAUCUCAUCAGUACUCUUUCAUGCACUUGUGUUUAAGCAGCAAUCAUUCAUAUGUGUGUGCCUUUCAAAAUCGUUUUGUUGCUUUCGAGUAAGUUACUUGAGAUCAGGGGAUAUGAACUGUAUUAUUUCACAAUGUUAUAUUUUUAGUUUGAAUCCUCCACCAAUUGUUUUUGUUAUUUUUGAGUGUUUAAACUUUGUAUAUUGAGUGACUCAACCCUUAGCUUGGGAGACUCUCUGACUGCUUCAGUGUCUUUCAAGUAUUCUCAGAUCUCAAA